UGCACGGGCGCGCCGUGCGGGCGGCGCCGAGGCGCGGGCGGGCGCGGCGGGAUGUCGGGGCCCAACGGAGACCCGCACGUGUUGGGCGGCGGCGCCGGCGACGAGGGCGACGAGGGCGGGGACACCUUCGAGGAGGAAGAAUAUGCAGCAAUAAACUCCAUGCUGGACCAGAUCAACUCCUGCUUGGAUCACCUGGAGGAGAAGAAUGAUCACCUACACAUCUGCUUGAAGGAACUGCUGGAGUCCAACCGCCAGACCCGGCUGGAGUUCCAGCAGCAGAGCAAGCAGCUGAACACAGGAGCUGAUGUGCAGGGAUCCCAGCCUCCUGCCUAGAGUCUGACCACACACUCUCAGCUGGUGUUGCUAAGGGGACAGUUACUGGUCACCAAUUUCAUGUAGAACUUGAAUAGCAGAGGUGCCUCAUGUCUGUUA